AUGAAGUUUCAUUCUAUCAGUUCUAUCAGCAUUCUGUUGGCUUUAACCGCCACUGGCCUUGCGCUGCCUCAUCAAAAUAUAGAGCGCGAGGAUCUAAAACGUAGUGCCGAUCCUCAUUAUCAUAAGUCCUAUGACUAUGGUUAUAGUUACUACAAACGCGACGCUGACGCUGAAGCCGAUCCUCAUUAUCAUAAGUCCUAUGACUAUUAUAGUUACUACAAACGCGACGCUGACGCUGAAGCCGAUCCUCAUUAUUAUAAGUCAUAUGACUAUGGUUAUAGUUACUACAAACGCGACGCUGACGCUGAAGCCGAUCCUCAUUAUUAUAAGUCCAAUGACUAUGGUUAUAGUUACUACAAACGCGACGCUGACGCUGAAGCCGAUCCCCAUUAUAAGUCCUCCUAUGACUAUGGUUAUAGUUACUACAAACGCGACGCUGACGCUGAUAAUGAGAAACGUCUCGCCGACGGAGAAUAA